UGACAACUUUGAUUUUCAGAGAAAUGGAGCAACAAAAUGUACGCGAGUUUAAAGAUGAGAUGAAGAUAGAAGAAGAAAGUAUUACACCUGAAUUGAUAAAGUCAGAGAUCAAGAAGGAGGAAGAUGAUUUUAGUAUCAAAUCAGAAGUGUAUUCGAAUCCUACUUCUCAGAUGCAGUAUUUUAUCGAAGAAUCUGAUUCAAACCUUCUCCAAACUGUCGCCCAAACAGAAUGGAUGAAAGUAACCACUACCAACAAGAUAUUAAAAUACUCUGAAACAACUUACAAUGACUGCACAAAAUCCACAUUACCUCAGAAUCAGCAAUCUAAUAGUAAUACCAGUAAAAAAACAUACAAAUGCUCUGAAUGUUCCUACAAUGCAAGCUAUAAAUCAAACCUACUUCGCCAUCAGAUGACUCAUACCGGUAAGAAACCCUACAAAUGCUCUAAAUGUUCUUACAGAGCAAGCGUAAAACAAAACUUAAUUACACAUCAGAUGACUCAUACCGGUAAAAAACCCUACAAAUGCUCUGAAUGUUCCUACAGUGCAAGGCUAAAACAAAACUUAGAACGCCAUCAGCGAACUCAUAGUGGUGAAAAGCCUUACAAAUGCUCUGAAUGUUCCUACAGUGCAAGCCAAAACUCACACUUGGUAAGCCAUCAGUUGACUCAUUCCGGUGAAAAGCCUUACAAAUGCUCUAAAUGUUCUUACAGAGCAAGCGUAAAACAAAACUUAAUUACACAUCAGAUGACUCAUACCGGUAAAAAACCCUACAAAUGCUCUGAAUGUUCCUACAGUGCAAGGCUAAAACAAAACUUAGAACGCCAUCAGCGAACUCAUAGUGGUGAAAAGCCUUACAAAUGCUCUGAAUGUUCCUACAGUGCAAGCCAAAACUCACACUUGGUAAGCCAUCAGUUGACUCAUUCCGGUGAAAAGCCUUACAAAUGCUCUGAAUGUUCCUACAGUGCAAGGCUAAAACAAAAGUUAGUACGCCAUCAUCUGACUCAUUCCGGUGAAAAGCCUUACAAAUGCUCUGAAUUGCAAGCCAAAACUCACACUUGGUAA